GAUCUUUACUCAUCUUUGUUUCAUUAAUGUCCCAGAAAAAGAGAAGAAACAAAUACAAGGCAAGAAACGCGGACCCUCUCUCUCUCUCUCCUUUGCUGUUGGAUCGGAAAUUAUGCCCCUCGUUACACUGCUGAAAACCCUGAAUCCCUCCCGUUUGAAAACCUUCCUCUUGAUCAUCUCCUUUCUCCUGAUCCUCUACCUUCUCUUCCACCGCCACGCUCCUCUCUCGCAUCUCCGAAGCGCGUCCCAGUCUCCACUCACGCGCCGCCACCUUCUCUUCGCUAUCGCCUCCUCUUCUCGUUCCUGGCCUCGCCGCAAGUCCUACGUCCGACUCUGGUACUCCCCCAACUCCACGCGCGCACUCGCUUUCCUGGAUCGCGUCGCCCCCGAUGCGGCCAGUGACGACAGCGUCCCUCCGGUCGUCGUCUCCGGAGACACCUCCAAGUUCCCUUACACGUUCCGGGGGGGCCUCCGAUCGGCGAUACGCGUGGCGCGCUUGGUGAAGGAGGUCGUCGAUCGCGACGAGAAGGACGUUCGGUGGUAUGUGUUCGGAGACGACGACACGGUCUUCGUCGUGGACAAUCUGGUCAAAACCCUGGCGAAGUACGACCACGAGCGGUGGUUUUACGUAGGUAGCAACUCGGAGAGCUACUAUCAGAACGUGAAGAACUCCUUUGAGAUGGCAUUUGGUGGUGGAGGCUUCGCGAUAAGCUAUUCGCUCGCAAGAGUUUUGGCCAGGGUUCUCGAUUCGUGCUUGGUGAGGUACGCGCACUUGUACGGAAGCGAUUCUAGGAUAUUUUCGUGCUUGGCGGAACUCGGCGUCGGUUUAACCCAUGAACGUGGGUUUCAUCAGGUUGAUAUGAGGGGGAAUUUGUUCGGUUUGCUGUCUUCACAUCCAUUAGCACCUUUGGUAUCCCUUCAUCAUUUGGAUGCUGUGGACCCAAUCUUCCCUAACAUGAGCAGGACUCUAGCAAUGGGACAUCUUUUUGAAGCCGUGAAUGUUGAUCCUGGCAGGAUAUUGCAGCAAACGGUCUGCUAUGACCCUUCAAAUUCGUUGACUGUUUCAGUUGCAUGGGGUUAUACUGUCCAGGUGUUCGAGGGUAAUGAAUAUCUCCCAGAUCUCCUUUCACCGCAGAGAACUUUUAUGCCAUGGAAGAGGAGUGCCUCUAUUGAUGCAAGUCGUUACAUGUUUAAGACAAGAGAAUAUUCGAAAGAUCCAUGUAAAAGACCUGUUAUCUUCUUUCUGGAAAGUGUAAUACCCGAUAAAGGUGGUGUCUGGAGCUACUACACUGGGCACAUGGUUGAAGAGUGUGACAAACCUAAUGCAAUAAAGAAUUUGACACGUGUCACAGUGUUUUCUAAGACGCUUGAGCUUGAUAUGGAACAGAUGAAGGCUCCUUGUCGUCAUUGCUGUGACAUUUUGCCCUCUUUUAAUGAAUCUAUGGUCAUUAAACUUAGACAAUGCGGAGUUGAUGAACUAAUUUCCAUGCAUGUCUAGCAUUUUAUGGGAAGAGAACUUUUUGAAGUACAUGCACAGAGGUUAGAAAGUUCUGAAGCAGUUUCGGGUCUCGUUAUUUAACUUUGGGCAUGCGAACUGCGAGGUAAUUUCUCAUUGCUCAAGGCUUUGCUUAGAAAAUUAUCCGGAAGUAAUAUAAUCUUUUUUUUUUUUUUUUUUGGUUGGGGAGGCGCUGGAUAUGGGAGAUUGGUGCCUUCCCGAUGCUGGAUUUCAGAUCUGAUGCCGGGAAGGUGCAGCACCAGGGAAGCCAGUCCAAUGCUGGAAUGCCUGGUGGCCGGAUCCAGCUGAGUAUGGCAAUGCCGGUGUUGAAAAAUCUUUCGAUCACCGGAAACCUGUCUGUCGAUGAUUUUUCCAGACAUAAAGAAAGAACGUCAUAUGCCAAAGAUGAUGGAUGACAAAUAAGUGAAAUGAAAUGUAAUGUGCAAGAUCUGUCAUCGAUUGGUGUAAUAGUGAUUACUCCCAAUCAGACUCCGCCCUACAGAAACAUGUGAUGAUGUAUCCUUUAAAAGUUUUCCUUUGUGAAAGAUUAGUGUCCAUUCAUGCGAGUGUAGUAUGUUAAGCAAGCAUUCGGAAGAAUUUUUCUCAA